GGGAGGGGUGUUAUCGGGGGGCAAUAACGAUGGAGGAGGACUUUGGAUGGGCAGAGCCCCCCCCGGCCAUGGGGCAGAGCGAGUCGGAGCCGCAGGACGAGGCCGAGGACGGGCCCCUGAGGGCGGUGCUGCCGCGGUUCUUGACCGACCGGCUCCCGACCAGCGCGGUGCUGGGGGCCAUCCUGGGCCUCGGCCUCACCGUCGUCGUCGUCGUCACGGCCGUCGUGGCCCUGCUGCACCGGCUGCGCCUUAAGGAGGUGCCCGCCCAGGAGACCCCCCGGUACCGCUUCCGCAAGAGGGACAAGAUGCUCUUCUACGGCCGCAAGAUCAUGCGCAAGGUGUCCCAGUCCACGUCGUCCCUGGUGGACACCACCAUCUCCAGCACCUCCCGGCCCCGCAUGAAGAAGAAGCUGAAGAUGCUCAACAUCGCCAAGAAGCUGCUGCGCAUCCGGAAGGAGCAGCCGACGCUGCAGCUGAAGGAGCCGCCGCCGGCGGUGCUGGAGGCCGACCUGACCGAGUUCGACGUGGCCAAUUCCCACCUGCCCUCCGAGGUCCUCUACAUGCUCAAGAACGUCCGGGUGCUGGGGCACUUUGAGAAGCCGCUGUUCCUGGAGCUGUGCAAGCACAUGGUGUUCCAGCAGUGCCAGCAGGGCGAGUACGUGUUCCGGCCCGGCCAGCCCGACACCAGCAUCUACGUCCUGCAGGACGGCAAACUGGAGCUGCUGCUCACCGAGCCGGAUGGGAAGGAGACGGUGAUGAAGGAGGUGUUCCCUGGGGACAGUGUCCACAGCCUGCUCAGCAUCCUCGAUGUCAUCACGGGCCACCAGCGGCCGUACCGCACGGUGUGCGCCCGCGCCGCCGAGGACUCCACCAUCCUGCGCCUGCCGGUCGAGGCCUUCUCCGCCAUCUUCGAGAAGUACCCGGAGAGCUUGGUGCGGGUGGUGCAGAUCAUCAUGGUGAGACUGCAGCGCGUCACCUUCCUGGCCCUGCACAACUACCUGGGCUUGACCAACGAGCUCUUCAGCCACGACAUGCAGCCCCUGAGGCUCUUCCCCCAGCCCGGCCACCCCGCCCGCACCAGCCCCGUCCGGCACAGCAAGAGGGGCCUGGGCAGCGCCGACGAGGGCCGGGAGCAGGCCGAGCUGCUGAAAAGUGCGGGGUUGGAGACCCCGGUGCCGCCGCCGCCGCCCCUGAGCCGCUGCAUCUCCAUGCCCGUGGACAUCUCCGGCAUCCAGAAGGGUCCCCGCUCCGACUUCGACAUGGCCUACGAGCGCGGCCGCAUCUCGGUGUCGCUGCAGGAGGACAGCACGGGGGCCAUGGCCGGAUUCACACGGUCGGUGUCCCACGAGCCCAAGGAGCGCAAGUCGGUGACGCUGGAGGAGCCCCCGCCGGGGUCCCACCAGUCCAACUCCAGCGAGGACGAGGCGGGGCCGGGGCCGUGUCCCUUCGGGCCCUUCCAGGGCCGCCAGACCAACCUUGUCUUCGAGGCCGCCAAGCAGGAGCUGGUCAAGCUCAUGAAGGUGGAGGACCCCUCUCUCCUCAACAACCGCGUCCUGCUCCACCACGCCAAAGCCGGGACCGUCAUUGCCCGCCAAGGUGACCAGGACGUGAGCCUGCACUUCGUGCUCUGGGGGUGCCUGCACGUGUACCAGCGCAUGAUCGACAAGGCGGAGGACGUGUGCCUGUUCCUGACACAACCCGGCGAGCUGGUGGGGCAACUGGCCGUGCUCACCGGGGAGCCCCUCAUCUUCACCAUCAAGGCCAACCGCGACUGCACCUUCCUCAAGAUCUCCAAGUCCGACUUCUACGAGAUCAUGCGGGAGCAGCCCAGCGUGGUGCUGAGCGUGGCGCACACCGUGGCCGCCCGCAUGUCGCCCUUCGUGCGCCAGAUGGACUUCGCCAUCGACUGGAUGGCCGUGGAGGCCGGGCGGGCGCUCUACAGGCAGGGGGACAAGUCCGACUGCACCUACAUCGUCCUCAACGGGCGGCUGCGCUCCGUCAUCCAGAAGGGCAGCGGCAAGAAGGAGCUGGUGGGGGAGUACGGCCGCGGGGACCUCGUGGGCGUGGUGGAGGCCCUGACCAGGCAGCCCCGGGCCACCACGGUGCACGCGGUGAGGGACACGGAGCUGGCCAAGCUCCCCGAGGGCACCUUGAACAACAUCAAGCGCAGAUACCCCCAGGUCGUCACCCGCCUCAUCCACCUGCUGAGCCAGAAGAUCCUGGGGAACCUCCAGCAGCUCCGCGCGCCCUUCGCCGGCUCCGGCCUGGGCGUGGCCUCCAGCUCGGAGCCCAUCAACCCCACCAGCAACCUGUCGACGGUGGCGGUGCUGCCGGUGUGCGAGGAGGUGCCCACGGCCGCCUUCACUCUGGAGCUGCAGCAUGCCCUCACCGACGUCGGUCCCACCCUGCUCCUCACCAGCGACAUCAUCCGCGCCCGCCUCGGCUCCUCGGCGCUCGACAGCAUCCAGGAGUACCGGCUGUCGGGGUGGCUGGCGCAGCAGGAGGACAUCCACCGCAUCGUCCUCUACCAGACCGACUGCACCCUCACCACCUGGACCCUGCGCUGCUUCCGCCAGGCCGACUGCAUCCUCAUCGUGGGGCUGGGAGACCAGGAGCCCGAGCUGGGAGAGCUGGAGCAGAUGCUGGAGAACACGGCGGUGCGGGCGCUGAAGCAGCUGGUGCUGCUGCACCGCGAGGACGGGCCCAGCCCGGCGCGCACCGUCGAGUGGCUCAACAUGCGCAGCUGGUGCUCGGGGCACUUCCACAUCCGCUGCCCCCGGCGCGUCUUCUCCCGCCGGAGCCCCGCCAAGCUGCGGGAGAUGUACGAGAAGGUGUUUGAGAAGGAGCCCGACCGCCACAGCGACUUCUCCCGCCUGGCGCGGGUCCUCACCGGCAACACCAUCGCCCUCGUCCUGGGCGGCGGCGGCGCCAGGGGCUGCUCCCACAUCGGGGUGAUCAAGGCCAUGGAGGAGUCGGGGAUCCCCAUCGACAUGGUGGGCGGCACCUCCAUCGGCGCCUUCAUCGGGGCGCUGUACGCGGAGGAGCGCAGCGCCGUGCGCACCAAGCAGCGGGCACGGGAGUGGGCCAAGUGCAUGAAUUCGGUCUUUGAGACCGUCCUGGACCUCACCUACCCCAUCACCUCCAUGUUUUCGGGCUCAGCCUUCAACGCCAGCAUCAACAAGGUUUUCCAGGACAAGCAGAUCGAGGACCUGUGGCUGCCCUACUUCAACGUCACCACCGACAUCACGGCCUCGGCCAUGCGCGUGCACACCGAUGGCAGCCUCUGGCGCUACGUCCGAGCCAGUGCCUCCUAUACCCCCUACCUGCCUCCGCUCUGCGACCCCAAGGACAGCCACUGGCUGGUGGACGGCUGCUAUGUUAACAAUGUCCCAGGCUCGCUCUGGCGCUACGUGCGAGCCAGCAUGACCCUCUCGGGGUACCUCCCGCCCCUCUGCGACCCCAAGGACGGCAACUUGCUGAUGGACGGGGGUUACAUCAACAACCUGCCAGCCGACAUCGCGCGCAACAUGGGGGCCAAGACGGUGAUCGCCAUCGACGUGGGCAGCCAGGACGAGACCGACCUGUGCAACUAUGGCGACAGCCUGUCCGGCUGGUGGCUGCUCUGGAAGCGCCUCAACCCCUGGGCCGAGAAGGUCAAGGUGCCCGACAUGGCCGAGAUCCAGUCCCGCCUGGCCUACGUGUCGUGCGUGAGGCAGCUGGAGGUGGUGAAGUCGAGCUCGUACUGCGAGUACAUCCGCCCGCCCAUCGACCGCUUCAAGACCAUGGACUUCGGCAAGUUCGACGAGAUCUACGACGUGGGGUACCAGCACGGCCGGGUGGUGUUCGAGGCCUGGCGCCAGGGGGACGUCAUCGACAAGAUGGUUCGGGACCGGCGCUCGGCCGACUUCUACGAGAGCAAGCGCAUGGACGUUCUCACCUGUCCCAGCGCCGGGUUCACCGACCUGGCCGAGAUCGUGUCGCGCAUCGAGCCGGCCAAGCCCUACCUGUCCGACGGCUACGGCGACGAGAGUCGGACUGCCUGACGGAGGACGAGGGCCCCGGAGUCGGGCCGGGGGGAGGAGGACGCCUUCGCCCCCUCGGAGUGGGCCGGGAACGGCGCCUUGGAGGCCGAGGAGGAGAGGACCCUCCGGCACCGCCCCAGCGCCGCCGGGACCCCCCCGCCCCCCCGCCGGACCCCGACGGUUACUGAGGGACCCUCACGGCUCUACCUCCCCCCAG